CCUACUGGUAACGGAUGUCAGCUUAAUCCUGUAACAUAAUUAUGAUGUGGCACGUGACAUCAUUGUGCAAAAUAACAAAGAUGACAGAACGCUGACGAUAAUUAUGUUACGUCUGUUAUUUUAUGAAAUGAAGACUGUGGUAACAGGCUGAUUUAUAGUGUAUCCCUAGGUCUCGAUUAGGCUGGAAGGUAACAGUUUGGUUGUGAGUUGGUAGGCCUAUAUACUGUGAAUGUGGCUAUGUAAUCUUGGAUGUGGUGGCAUACUGACCUGUAGCCUAGCCUACGAUCUAGAUUGAUUUGAAAGAUGUCAGUGUGAUUAUAACGCAAGAAACGGGCGAAAUGGAAAGAUAUGAGGUUUAAAUAACACUAUGAAGUCGAGAUUUGAUUACCAGUACAUCUAUAUUUUAACUUAAUAUGCACGCAUGGUAAUGUAAUGUGUGCGCGCGCCACGAUACCAGUGUUGGAAUGAAGAGAAACCACAGCAGAACUGAGAAGAGACUAAUACAUUUUAGAUGCAUCUUUUGUUGCCUGUUAAUCCACAGAAUGGUCGAAUCUCUUUCCAUUCACCCAUACACUCUUGCUUUACACUUUACUGUCUCCUGUGAGUCUCUUCUGUAAGACUUUUAACGCUCAGAAAUUACAUACUGUGAUACAAAUGUUCUUUGACUCUGUAUCCUUGGUACCAAACUGAGUUGUCACUGAAUAUUAGAUUAACUGACGAAAUCAUGCAAGGUACAUUAUCUUAAAUGCAUCAUAGGUACUGACUGCGGUCAAUAUAUUGUUCACGAAAGACGCUAUGUUCAGCUUUUGCAAGAAAUCACGAGAGCUUCCUAACUAUCCUUAAUACCAGGAAUCUGAUUUUUUCAGUUUCACUUCUGUUCCCACCAGUGGAGUGUCCCUCAAAGCGGCAUAUGUUUGAGAAACAAAGACCUGUGUCCCCAUUAUAGAUCGCAAGAAUGACCCAUAAUAUUAAAUUUGGUAUAUAAAUUAAAUAAUUUCCAUAAUUCUUAGUUGCUUAUAUGAGUAUCAUAUUUCUAAGAGUGUGCCUCAAAAUCAAAAUACGCAGUCAUGAACAACACAAUCCAUUCCCGUCCAUUGACCCUUGCAUUUAAGUACAAACAAUCAUUCUUUAACAGUAACAGGGUGGAACUUUCGUUGAAACAUUUCAAGACUUAACUUUUGUGUCCCGGUGGUUUUUUUUUUUUUUUUUUUUUUUUUUUUUUUUUUUUUUUGGAAGACGUGAUUACUGAAACAUAAGUUUCGGCUAAUGAUAAAAUAUAGACUAGUUAGACUUUAUAAAAUCUGUCUGCUUGGCGACAGAGACUGUUCUUUUGGACAUAAUAUCAUAAGCAUCGCUUAUAACAAAGUUGUGCCACUGAAUCGAAAAUAACUUGUGGACGCGGCAUGUAUUGAACCGCGACGUGCGAUGUGGCAACACUAGGAACAGGUGGCGUUGGAUGUAAACUUCGCUACGCCCGAAAGUUUUCUCCGGCACGCUAAGUGACCUUCUGAAAGCUCUGUGUUCGGAAUGUUGGGCUGACAAGUUAUGAAGGACACACAAGUCCCUGGAGUUCGUAGUUAACGGUCAUAUUCGCAGAGAACUGCCAGCAGCUGUAACAUGGUGUUUAGAGAGCAGGACACACAUGCUCUACAUCAUGAGCCGAUGUACGAUCCAGAGUUACUUAAAAAGCUGGACUUUUCUCAGUCACCAACAAAAUUUAAUCCUCCUGUUACUGCAGUUAACCCCGGAGAAAAUCUUCUAGUUCGUCCCUUGUGCCGGGCGGAUUACGAAAAAGGAUUUGUACAAUUGCUUGGGCAGCUGACAAGUGUUGGAGAUAUCACAAAGGAGCAGUUUCUUCGGCGAUAUGCUGAAAUGAAGGCAUGUAAAAAUACGUACUUCAUCACAGUAAUCGAAGAUACAAUAACUAACAGAAUUAUUGGUGCUGCUACUCUUGUUAUAGAGCAAAAAUUCAUUCAUGGAUGUGCAGUGCGUGGCCGUUUGGAAGAUGUUGUUGUAAAUGAUACGUAUCGUGGAAAACAACUUGGUAAACUAAUUGUGACAACCGUUGCAUUGUUGGCUAAGACACUGAACUGCUACAAGAUCACCCUGGAGUGCAAAGACAAAUUAAUACCGUUUUAUCAAAGCAUAGGCUAUGUUCUGGAACCUGGGAAUUCAAAUUCUAUGUCGAUACGUUUUGAUGCUCCUCAAAAAAAGCACACCCCAAAUGCUGCUGCAAAAUUAUAAGUUUAUAAGUUUCCCAGAUAUAAUAGAUGUAACACUUUGUAACAAUUGUACUUAACAUUCUCCUAUUGGCAUGUGUAUUUUGAAAUUUAAUGUUUAUUUAAUUUCAUUUCUUUGAUAAUCUGUCAAUUUCAAUUGAAUAGAGGACACUAAUUUGUUGACUUUUUAUGUGCAGAUUUAUAUCAGCACAAUAUCUGUAAAUGCUUGUGAAUGAUUUUUGAAUUAAACCUAAUGUCCUGCAUAGCAAA